CUCGAUUAUUGAGAAAACACUUCUAAACAACAUCAAAGCAAACAAUUAAAAUGUAAACCAGCCUAAGACCCUUGAAACAAUACUUUUCAAGUGCUAUCACUCAUUGUGAAAUAGUCCCUCAAGCUCAAGUGUGAAUUCCAAGUCCAAUAAAACUUAUUAGCUUGUCCUUCCUUAGAAGGCCAUAUAUACUAAAUGUGGGGGUAAAUUGAUUGGUAUACACAACAAUAGAACAUGAAAGCUAAAUAUGGCUUUGAUGGAGAUGAGUCAAACAAUUCAAGGAAAAAAGAAAAGAAAAAGAAAAAGAAAAAGGAAAAACUCCCAUUUUGUCAAGAUUCUAUGUUGAGCAUCACCAUACAAAAAGGAAGAACUCAAAUGGAAUUUCUUACCCCAAAACAUCAUUCCUUAUCCUCUCUCUCAUACUUCACAAAUACAGAGAUGAAAUCACAAAGUUACAAAAUGGGUAUCGCAAGUUUCGAUCUUUCCACUUACCCAUCUCAUAGUUUCUAGCCUUUCACUCCCUCUAAUCUCAAAUUAUUCUCUCUGAAAAAGCUACGUACAGGCACCACAGAUACGGGUCUCAUUCAUCCAUGGCUUCCAUUUCUCCACCCACUCCCCAUCAGCUCUUCUUCUCCACCCCAAAAUUCCAUUACCCAACUCCAUUUUUGAAACCAUAUGCACCAUCCCCGCCAUCCCAAUACCAUACCAUCUGCCACUGCCACAACCCUGAUUCUCCUUCUCCGUCAGAACCUUCCCUUCCAUGGGGAUGGGGCUCUGCACUUCAGGACCUCUUUCAAACGGCUUUCAGACGUUUCGAUUCUCUGGUGAACAACCGUAACGAUGGCUCUAAGGACACGCGUCCCAACGGUGAGGCUCUGCAGGGGCGGGGUGUAGUUGGAGCUGACAAGAAAGAUGUGGACGAUGAUCGGAGUUGGGAUUGGGAUCGGUGGCGCAAGCAUUUUGAUGAGGUCGACGAGCAGGAACGCCUCGUUUCUUUUCUUAAGUCGCGUUUAAGUCAUGCGGUAUAUGCAGAGGACUAUCAGGAUGCUGCUAGGCUCAAGGUAGCGAUUGCGGCUUUGGCUACAAACGACACUGUUGGCAGAGCAAUGUCUUAUCUCCAUAGAGCUAUAGAGGAGGAGCGGUACCAUGAUGCGGCCUUCAUCCGGGACAAUGCUGGCGCUGGGUUGGUUGGAUGGUGGUCUGGCAUUUCAAAAGACAAUCACAAUUCUCGUGGUCUGAUUAUUCGAAUAACUGCUGAACAUGGAAGAUACGUUGCUAGAAGUUACAGUCCUCGACAGCUUGCCACAGCUGCAGAUGGUGUCCCCUUGUUUGAGAUUUUUCUCAGAGUGAACAAAAUGGGCGAAUAUAAACAGCAGGCUGUGUACUUGAAGCGAAAAGGAGUUUUAUCUGAUAAUUCAAAUGGUCCGUUUAAAGGAUUAGAUUCACCUAGUGUAUUAAAUCCCUUGGACCCCAUUGAAGAAAAAGACGAUCUUUUCAUUAUAGGUGGUGAAGAAGCUGAAGAUGUUGACAUUAGGAGUGAAGAUUCUGAUAUAGCUGUUGGAUUUCCAGUCUUUCAGAAUAUCUUGAGAGAUAUGAUUCCUGGAGUGAAGGUCAAGGUUUUGAAGCUGUCAACUCCUGGAAAGGUUGACAAAGACGUGAUAUCUAAGGUGAUUGAGCAAAUAAUUGAGGAGGAAGAAGAUGAAGAAGAGGAAGAUGAGGACGAUGGAGAAAGUGAGAAAGAUACUGACUUUGAAGAUUUAGAAGUGGAAGAUAAGAUUAAGGAUGACCACCAAGAGAAAGAUGCUGGCUUGGAUGCUGAUGAUGGUUUCCUUGAAAAUCAGGGACGAAAUGAAGUUGCCGUCAAAAUCAUUGUUGGUGGUUUAGUGCAGAAGCUUUCUGGCGGUGUUUCUUCUAAAAAUGUAAGAGUGCCUGCAAAAUUAGAAAAGAAGGGGCGUUCUUCAUUUUCUUUCUCCAUUGAGAAUGAUGUGAACGAGCAUGACUCCCUUGGAAAGGAACUAAAGUCAGUGGAUAGGAAGUCCAAGCCUCGAGGUCAAGGUAGCAUUGACCAUGUUAUGCUUGAUUUAGCCAAAUUUGUUGGCAAAGAGAAGAUACCGUUGAAGGCACUCAAAGAUUUGAGUGAGUUAAUAAAGCUAUCCAUCAGCCAGGCACAAAACUAUCAACCUCUUUCUGGAUCCACCAGUUUCGAUCGCAUUGAAAUUCCCACUUCUUCAGAUCCUCUAAAUGGACUGUACAUAGGGGCACAUGGAAUAUAUACAUCAGAAAUUAUUCAUCUAAGACGCAGAUUUGGUCGAUGGCAAGAGGACGGAGGAGGGGAUAAGGAGCCUUCAAAGCUUGAAUUUUAUGAAUAUGUAGAAGCCUGGAAAGUUAUUGGGGAUCCAUACGUACCCGCUGGAAAGGUGGCAUUUCGGGCAAAGGUUGGAAAAAGAUACCAACUUCCUCAUAAAGGGAUCAUUCCCGAAGAAUUUGGAGUGGUGGCUAGAUAUAAAGGACAAGGUAGGCUAGCUGAGCCAGGUUUUCGCAAUCCACGAUGGGUUGAUGGUGAACUUGUUAUUCUUGAUGGAAAGUACAUCAAAGGGGGACCUGUUGUUGGAUUUGUUUAUUGGGCUCCUGAAUUUCAUUUCCUGGUGUUUUUUAAUCGGUUGAGGCUGCAAGAGUAGAUUUCAUCUUAUUUUAACCUGAAAUCUUGUGCUUGUCAAUUCAUUUGUGCUUCCACCGAUUCUUUAAGGGUGUGUGAAAGCUUGUCCCUAGGUAGGGGUAGCUCCCAGGAUAGUGAAGGGUUGAAGUAAGGCACCCUCUCCAAAUCGCACAGAGGUGCUUUAGUACAAGUGCACACACAAAUCAAUGUGCUUUGAAGCCAUGAAAAAUUUCUUAAAUACUAGCAGGAAAUUUUCUACUUUCCUUGAUUACCACAAAAAUUCCAUUUUCUUAUAAUUUUAUUAUUUUAUAUACUUUUCAAUGCAUCAAAAAGUACAUACUUUCUCUAUCGUGCUCUUCAAAAAGUGCACAUGCAUUUUUCUUUUCGCCUGGCAAUUAAGCUCUAGAGAAGGCUGUUGCAUUGUAGUGUCUGUGACUUGAACUAAAAAAAACGUUUAACGAUCCAGAGUUAACAAAUCAAUUGAAAAUUUAGAAUUUCUAUUGGGUUGUUUUCAAAUAUAGCAAAAUGAGCUAAAAUAAUUACAAAAUAUUGCAAUAUUUUAGAUUCUAUCGAUGAUAGAUACUAAUAGAAGUCGAUUUCUAUCCGGAUCUAUCAUUUAUAGAUUAUGAAAUUUUGCUACAUUUGUAUAUAUUUUCAACUGUUUUGCUAUUUGAAAUAAUUUUCCAUUUCUAAAUUAAACCAUCCGAAAACCUUGUUUCUUUGAAAAUUUUCUGCGGAAAAGCUUAAAGGAAGUUUUUAAUUAGAUGCCAUAAGUUCCUUCCAUGGUACUCAAGUUCUACAUAGCAUUGGUUUGAAAGAGUUCAAUGGUUUUUGCAUAAUAUGUCCAUUCCAUGGUUUGUUUUAUUUCAGCUCGAUUUCAAGCUUCUUCACGUUCCAUCUGCAUUGUUUUUAGUUCUCCUGCUUAGUCUUUUUCUUUUCCCUUUUAGUUUCCUUGUACUUUGAUCAUUAAGCAUUAGUCUCCUUUCUUUCCUUAAUCAACGAAAAACUUUCUUCUUCUUCUUCUUCUUCUUCUUCUUCUUCUUCUAUCAAAGAACUCAUUUAGAUGUAGCCUUAUCCGUUUAUCAAUAAAAUCUUUUCUUAUAUUGAAGAAGAAAUUGCCAUUCA